CACAGCCCCAGUAAGGCGGUGUCAGCGCUCGCGGGACGGGCUCUAAAGCUGGCUUCGCGUGCACCCAGUCGCUCUCUCUCCCGGUUCUCCGGACGCGCGGCUAUGCUGUCGGGCUGAACCCGUCCCGGGGCCGAGGAGCUGAGCUGCGGGAUGGAGCCGAGCUCUGAGGCGAUCGUGCGCUUUCUCACCGAGCGCGGGGGCCGGGCCCGACACUCAGAAUUGGUGCAACACUUCAGGGACGCCCUGGGCGGCCCCCGGGAGCAGCGCACCCGCGCCCGCGAACACUUCAAGGAUCUGGUCAACGCGGUGGCCACCGUGCGCACCGAUCCCGCGGAUGGGACCAAGUACGUGCAUCUCAAGAAGAGGUUCUGUGCAGGGGGGUCCCCUCCGCUUGAGGCCUCACUCCCCCGUGAUCCACCGCGUAUCGAGGUGACUGAAGAGCCUGAAGUCCCGGACUUUCCAGCCGAGCCAUGCGAGGGCAGCCAGCUCCAAGUGGGGGCGGAUCCACAGUUGUCUCUCGGCCCGGGAGGCGAACUCAGCGACCAGGAGCUUCCGAUCCCUGCUCAAAGUGGGGCCCCGUCUAAGGACUUGCCACAGGAGGUCCAGGCCGUGUCCUGGGCGUCAGUCCCCGGGCCUGGAGAGAACCUGAAACUCCCUGCACACGGCGGUGAGGAAGCUGAAGGGGGCAGUUCCCUUAGUGCGCCAAAUACACCGAGGUCGGCCCGUCAGAACUUUCGGGACCUGUUGAUGGGCAGCUCCCCUCAACUCAAGAGGAGCGUGUGUCCCGGGGACGGUAACUCCGUAGGAGGUCGCAGCAGAGGAGGGGGCGACUCCGAUAGCGCAUCCUUGGCUUCGUCAUCCGCCGAAGAGGAGAGCAGCGGUGGGGGCUCGGUGACGCUGGAUCCUCUGGAGCACGCCUGGAUGCUCUCGGCUUCGGAGGGCAAGUGGGACAGCCUAGAAGGGCUGCUCACUUGUGAGCCUGGCCUGCUGUCGAAGCGAGACUUCAUCACCGGUUUCACCUGUCUCCACUGGGCCGCCAAGCACGGCAGGCAGGAGCUCCUGGCCAUGUUGGUCAACUUUGCCAGCAAACACCAGCUGCCAGUGAACAUUAAUGCCAGGUCGAGCGGAGGCUACACGGCCCUGCAUUUGGCAGCCAUGCACGGGCACGUAGAGGUGGUGAAGUUACUCGUGGGGGCCUACGACGCAGAUGUGGACAUCAGGGACUACAGCGGGAGAAAGGCCUCUCAGUACCUGAGUGAGAGCAUCGCAGAAGAGAUCAAGAACCUGGUAGGCGUCAUGGACGAAGAUGAUGGGGACAGUACUACCGGCCGCGGGAGUGGGCGCUGGAGACUUUCAAAGGUGCUCCCGUCACACCUCAUCACUUACAAACUCUCCCAGGGCGUGGAAGAUGGCACCGAACAUCACCACCACCACCACCACCACCACGUCGCCGAGGCCGGGAGCAAGGCGAAAGAUUCAGGUCGCAAAGCCUUGGGGAGCUCCAGCGGACGGUUAAAACCACGGCUCAACAAAAUCCGAUUCCGAACCCAGAUCAUUCACACCACUCCCUCAUUCAAGGACACCGAGCAACCACUGGAGGAGGGCGAAGAGGAGGAAGAGGAAAGGUCCCUUAAGGGCCACUCAUCUUCCUUCAAACUGAGACCGAAGUCCAAUGUAUUUGGGUAAAAAAAAAAAAAACAAAAUAAUUCCUGCUAGAAAUGCUAAGGUUUAGUUUUCUUCCAGGUAGACUAAUACUGGCAGUGAAUAAGAAAGUGGAACCCGAAAAGACAGCAUAAAUUAGCAUUGUAACUUGCAGACUUGGGGUGGAUCUGUAGUAAUCCUUCCCGGAUAGCAUUCUGGGGCAAGAGAACGUCUGGAAUGAUUCAUGAUGCAAUGAUUUGUGCCUCUUCCCCCACCCCACCCUUGUAACCAGGAACGUGUGAGAACUGGGAUUGAUUGGUGACUAAGAGCCCCUUGCUGUCACCAUUACUAGACACCAUGCACAGUAAGGACUAUCAAGUAUGUUUUCCUGAGUGACUCGUAGGACGUCAGAAAAGGCAAACUGUGUGCGAACCUGGUCAUGGUUGUAAGUGAACAAACCUGCAGGCUGCCCUGGUUUUCUGCUGUUUGCACUUGCUCCUUACGGUGCUAGCAAAGGCCCAGGUCAGAGUGGAAAUGUGAAAUACAAAUGAGAACUAUGUGAAUCGAGAUGGGAAACUUGUAAGUAGCAGUUCCCAUUUUUUUUUUUGAAACAAGCAAUUUCAGUUUUAAUCACUGAACUGAAGAAAUAAGCAGCAUUUGCUUUUGAGUUACUGUAAUCUGGUUUGUGCCUAUAUAGGAUUGUCCCUAUAUAACACUAUUCAGUAUACGGUACAUUAUUAAUCGCAUUUUUUUACAUAAAUAGAAGAACACUUAACAGCCUAUGGUACUUUUUUUUAAAUAUGUGUCUUAAUUAUCACUAACUUGUUUUGCUUCUCUGAAAUUCUACCCGUUCUGAGGUUUGUACUCUAGGGUUUCUUUUUGAUGAAGCUUACAAUACUUAGACUGAUUUACUUAUUACUUAACAAGGCUUUUCUUGUUUAGAAAGUAGCAGAAAUCAGCGUAAGUAUUAAUAGCCUAUGCUUCUGUGAAGUAGUUAUUAAAUCAACUUAAUACGGUUCUCAUAUAAGAGACAUUUAAUUUUAUUAGUACAUUCAUAAUCUCUAUGCUUCGUAGCAAUAUUUUACAAAUGUUCAAAUUCUUUCACUUGAUUUUUUUUUUUAUCUACUCAAAGAGGUAUGGUGUAAUUACUGAAAAGCUAAAUAGUUUGCCCAUUUAGAAAUGGGCAAGUUUAGUAUACUUUAUAAAAGGAAAAAGAAAUGGAACCAUUUCUGUAUUUCGAUGCUGCUAGCUAUUACAUUUCCUUAUAUAAAUGAAAAAAUGCUAUUCCUUAAAAUUAAACACUUUUAUAACUGUGAUCCUUAAUUACAUUCCAUUCAUUUGUGUUAGAGUAAAUGGCUUUAUAAUUACUUUAAAAUUUAACUCACAAAUGUAUUAAAUCUUGUAACAGGAUUAGAAAUUUCUGUUGGAGACGGAUUUGGCCGUCCUUCUCUCUUAGUCUUUCUGGUCUGAUUGCUGAGACCUAAGUUGUUACAGUCUACAGGAUAGAAGAGGGAGUGAGCAGCCAGGCCCACAGAGUGAAGGAGACUACUCAGUGUACAGAGCUGCAACAUUUUGUUAUUAACUAACUUUUCAAAGUCAUAGAAAUUCCUAACAGGUUUGUCACCUCUCUCUCAAGAUAGCAGCUAAAGCUGCUUAAAUAUGAGUUGAAGAUGCUCACAUGAAAUGUGUAAGUUGUGGCUAAGGAGACGGAUGCUCAGUGGGUAUGAGCACGUGUCCGGCAAGCAUAAGGGCAUGUGUUUGGAUCCCCAGCACCCAUAUAAAAGGCUAGGUAUAGGGUUGAGGGUGCCUGUAAGCCAGCAUGGGGAGGUGAGACAGGCAGAUCCUGAGAGCCCAGGGGCCAGCCAGCUUACCCGAAACAGUGACUUCUGGUUCAGGGAAAGAACGUCUCAAGAAAAUAAGGAAGGCAUAGAGGAAGUCUCCUGACAGUCCACUCUGGCCUCAGAAUAAGCACACAUGGGUGCUCCCAAACACUCUUGUGCCUACACUACACACACACAUAAGUUGUUAUCCACUUAUGUGCCUUUAUCUUUGUUUUAGGAUUUAAGAAGUAGUUCUAUACAUUGAUAAGCACUUUCUGUAUAUAUGAGUGAAAAGUCAGUGUAAAAAGCAGUCACGUGUUCAUGUAUAAACAUUCACUAUAUCUAGUGCAGAAUAAGCUUACAAUUCCCAUCGUGGACUUUUAAUUUCCAUUUAAGGCAGCUAUACAAGUAGAUGUUUCAGAACUACACGAAGGUUCUAUUGAACAGUCAUUAUUAAUCCCUCCACAUGUGUUAACUUUCUUUUCACACUAAAAGUUUAAAGCUAUAAAGCAUUUAAAUUUCCUGGAGUCAUUCCUAGGCUGGCCUGAAAACUCAGCAGAUAAAAGUGGUUGUCUUACAAGCUUGAAGACCUGAGUUUGACCCUAGAAUCCACAAUGGAAGGAGAGAACUCAGUCCUGAAAAUUGUCCUCCAACCUCCAGUUGUGUGUCAUGGCAUAUACAUUCCCGUACUCAAGUAACUGUUAUAUGCACAAACACAAAAUAAAUUUAAACUUUAAAAACACAAAACAGAGGGAACUCCUAGGAUUCCUUGUCAUGAUGUACUUUGUACAGUAACAUUUUAAGCUACUUCAUUCCUCUUACUUUUUAAUUUCCAAAUCAAAAGUAGAAAAAAAUGAUUUGUAGAAUUUGAUAAUUAUCAUGAAGUUGUGUCUCCCAAUAGUGGCAAUACAUUGAAAUACAGGCAUCUAUUAACCAGAGACUGUACUUUAAAAACGAGUUUGUUCUUGUGUCUUCCAGGUACGCUUGUAUAGUAUAUAAAAUGCAGGUAAUGUGGUACUAGUUCAUUCACACCUGAGAUAUUGUAAUGUGAUGUUUUGUCUUUUGCUUUUUAAGUAGGUCAAAGCUUGUGAGUUUCAGAAUCUGUAAGUUUUGUCAAAAUAAAAUGUUCAUAGUAGAA